GUUUUGGUUAAACAUUUCCAAAAUAUUUAUUUCUCAAAAUGGAAAACUCGGAAAAUAAAUAAUUUAUUCUAAUAUUAGUUUCCUAUUGGCCACUGGCCAGUCACAACUAUACGACCUUUUAAAGUCUUCCCAGUCUCCUAGAAACAUCUGUCUUUCAUAAUUCCAUUACCUUAAGUGAUUACAUUUGUAUCUGUAAAAAACCCAAAAACAAAAAGCAUGAAAAUUGAAAUUUCCCACAAACCCCAUUUCUGAAAAUUCUCCUUGGUUUGUUUGUACAGUAUAAAGAACAAAUUUAAGCAUGGAUUUACAAAGAACUUUGAUGUUCUCUUGUUGGGUUCUGUCUCUUUUGAUCAUCAAAACGACAGCGUAUAACGAGAAACAGCUGUUCCAGCCGCUUGAAACGGAAAACGCAAACGCGAUGACCGCGGUUAUGGAGCGAGGAUUAAAGACGCAGCGGCGGCCGGAGCACAAGAACGCUUAUGCGACGAUGAUGUACAUGGGAACACCAAGAGACUACGAGUUCUACGUUGCGACACGUGUCUUGAUCAGAUCGCUUAAGAGUCUCCACGUGGACGCUGAUAUCGUCGUUAUAGCCUCCCUCGACGUUCCUAUCAACUGGAUUCACGCUCUGGAAGAAGAAGAUGGAGCUAAAGUAGUGAGAGUAGAGAAUCUUGAGAAUCCAUACAAGAAACAAACCAACUUCGACAACAGAUUCAAGCUUAGUCUAAACAAGCUCUACGCUUGGUCUCUCUCUGAUUAUGACCGUGUUGUAAUGCUUGAUGUCGACAAUCUCUUUCUCAAGAACACCGACGAGCUCUUCCAGUGUGGCCAAUUUUGUGCUGUCUUCAUCAACCCUUGCAUCUUCCACACUGGUCUCUUUGUGUUGCAGCCAUCAAUGGAGGUCUUUAGAGACAUGCUUCAUGAGCUUGAAGUAAAGAGAGAUAACCCUGAUGGAGCUGAUCAAGGCUUUCUUGUCAGCUACUUCUCUGAUUUACUCAAUCAGCCUCUCUUUCGUCCUCCUCCCGAUAACCGCACCGCGCUUAAGGGACAUUUUAGGCUUCCUUUGGGAUAUCAAAUGGACGCAUCUUAUUACUACCUUAAGCUCAGAUGGAACGUACCAUGUGGACCAAACAGUGUGAUAACGUUCCCAGGAGCAGUAUGGUUAAAGCCAUGGUAUUGGUGGUCAUGGCCUGUUCUUCCUUUAGGCCUUUCAUGGCACCACCAACGCCGCUACACGAUUAGUUAUUCAGCAGAGAUGCCUUGGGUCCUAACCCAAGCAGUGUUCUACCUAGGAAUUAUACUAGUCACACGUCUAGCGCGUCCCAACAUGACCAAGCUAUGUUACCGACGUUCUGAUAAGAAUCUAAGCAUGAUCCAGACAGCUUUCAAGUUUGUUGCACUCCUCUUUAUCCUCUCAGCCUACAUUAUACCAUUCUUCAUCAUCCCACAGACGAUCCACCCGCUCAUUGGUUGGUCUCUCUACUUAACCGGCUCCUUUGCUCUCUCUACCAUACCCAUCAACGCCUUCUUGCUUCCCAUUCUCCCUGUCAUAACACCGUGGCUUGGCAUUUUCGGGACACUCCUCGUGAUGGCUUUUCCUUCUUAUCCUGAUGGCGUUGUUAGAGCAUUGUCGGUUUUCGGGUAUGCAUUUUGUUGUGCACCGUUUCUAUGGGUCUCCUUUGUGAAGAUCACAUCGCAUCUUCAGAUUAUGAUUGACAAAGAGGUUUUGUUUCCGCGGUUGGGUGAAUCCGGAGUCACUUCUGGUCUCAGCAAAUUGUACUGAUUAAGACGGUAAGAUUUUGAUCAACUUAAUGGAUUGCUUAUGUACAUAAAGGUUAGAGACGAUUAACAAAAAUGAAAGAUAAUCUCUCACAUUUUCUAGGUACUUUGUUCACUAAGAUUCAAAAG